CCCUCUCGUUGGGAAGUGCACAACUCCGGGCCGCGGUGGGGAUGCUGAUACGCCACUCUGGACGUGACAGCGCGCAGGGCGAGAGGAGAAGCUUUACGCACGAGCGUUGGGCAGCGCGCGCGCCAGAGAGGGAGACCCGUUCUCAUGGUGGGUGCUUCGGCUGCUCGUCGAGGAGAGAGCGGUGACGUGCUGGCUCGCUGAAUGUCACCCCCGUUCACCAUGGAUUACGGAAGGACCAUGGCCCCUCCGGUGCCCCCGCACAAACCCACACCCUGCCGGCCGGGGCAGGCGCAGGAGCGGCUGCUGAAGUGCGUCCUGCUCGGCGACGGAGCGGUGGGCAAAACCAGCCUGGUGGUCAGCUACACGACGAACGGCUACCCGACCAAAUAUGUCCCCACUGCGUUUGAUGACUUCUCGGCCGUGGUUCAGGUGGAUGGAAACCCGGUUAGACUACAGCUGUGUGACACUGCAGGACAGGACGAGUUUGACAAACUCCGGCACUUCUGCUACAGUCGCACCGACGCCUUGCUGCUGUGCUUCAGCGUGGUCAGCCCCGCUUCCUUUCAAAACGUCUGGGAGAAGUGGGUCCCCGAGAUCCGCCGCCGCUGCCCCCUCACGCCCGUCCUCCUCGUAGGCACACAGUGCGACCUGCGGCAGGACGUCAAGGUGCUGAUCGAGCUGGCGCGGCGGAGGGAGAGGCCGGUGCUGGAGGAGGACGCCAGAGCGCUGGCGGAAAAAAUUGGGGCAGUGACGUACGUCGAGUGCUCGGCGCUGACGCAAAAGAAUCUGAAGGAGGUGUUUGACGCGGCCAUUGCUGUGGGGCUGCGGCAAUAUGACAGGAGAGCACGACGGGAGAGGAAGGUCCGCAGCACAGCUGAUAAGAUGAAGAUGCUCUCCAAGUCCUGGUGGAAGAAGUAUGUGUGCGUCCAAUAGGGAGGGAUGACGUUAAUCUUCCUGUGACUGAUUUAAAACCGGAACUGCUGACUUGUCUGGUGGGACUAACGUGGACGUAAGAAGUUCUAUUUUCAUAUAUAUCUGGACGAUCCCAGAUGUGCUGGCCAGAAUUCCUUCAACUCAGUGGAACAACAGAUCAAUAGAGGCAGAGUGCGCCUGUCCGAGCUGCAGAGUGGUUGCGGGUUUGGCAUGGUUUUUAUGUUGACCUGAAAAUGUUCAAUGUUGAUGCCUAAACGGACAGAGGCCAUAAGGCUGUAACCACCGUCUGCUGCUCCGAGCCAGACUGAACUGUUAAAUAUGGCUGUGACCGGUGUUCAACCAAAAAUUAUGGAGCUAAUAAACUUUUAUGGCACAUGGGCUGCAUAUGGAACUGGACUUGUCCAAAGGAAAUGUGAGCUGACUUGGAGGGGAGGUGUUCCUGGCGGCGAUGUUACGCACUAAAAGAAUACCCUCCUCCGUUUUGUCUGAUUUCAUACCUUUCUUUAGUAUAUUAUAUGAUGUGCUCUACACUGUAAUUCAGCACCCAACACUCCUGACAGACGCUCAGCUUAAAUCCAAGAUACAAUGGUUCUGCUAUUGAGAAAGCAAAGCCACCACUGCACCUUUUUGUUUUCAAAAUCUGAUGCAUCUAUAACUUCAAUAACAAUUUGUUAAGAAUCAGAUCAAAUUAAUUUUGACUCAUUGCUGUUGAAUUACAAUCAGGUGUACGUGAGUAUACAUUUAUGUGAAAUGUAUGAGUUGGACUGAAUGGUGUGAGUUGUUCAUGAGCUGCGAUUCACGUUUGUUCGACUACGAGCUAGUGCUCUAGUGGAUUUCUCUACACCAGCUUGGGUCAGUGCCACAUGGCGAAGCGUUGAUACAACUGUCGCACUGUAAGUCAGCCACACAGUUAGAGGUCUGUAAGCUCCCCACCCAGCAACCUGUACAGGAUAACACACUUCUGCUGUAGGAUUUGGAGUUUUGGACUUCCAGAAUUUUAACUGAAAAGCUUCACCUGAAAUGUUAAACACAGUUUGUUAGUUUUCCACAACUUUUGUGGCACUGUUACAAGAUAUCAGCAACACAUUGGGUGGUGCCACUGUACAUUGUGCUCCUCAAACAGAGUCCAGACAUAUCUCUGAAGUCUUGCCAUGCAAUGGCCUUUGGACCAGUGGAGUUUGCGCCGAGUCAGUGAAACAGAAGUGGCUGAUCAGCACUACACCACUGGUUUGGAUGAUCACAGGGUCUUUCCUCGUCUGCGCCUUAAACAGAUAACUAUCUGUCUUUUGUCGGUAUAAUUGUAUUGGAGCUUUCCCUAAUCAUACAGUAAAUGAGGUGAUCACCAAAGAGACUGACUCUACAUUUGCUUCUUAUUUUUCAGAAGCCUCGUCAUUCACCUCUGUCUUAUUUAUCUGUUCCGUCUGGGCCAAUAAUUGAUCAACAGCAAUACAGAGCAGAUGUAUGAACCAUGAUAUGUCAUUAUGUAUGUUACAUAAUAAUCAUUUAAGAUGUUUGUAAUUUCAUCAUUGGCUGCGCUGUCCAACACUUAAUGGUACUUAAUAGUAUAAGUGUUUCAGAUGUUGUCUGAUUCUGGCAUGAAAUCAUUUUGUUGAGCUUUAUGAGCGGAACAAAAUAAAAUGUGAAAUAUUGAA